GCAUGGUGGAUCCAUGGUGGUCUCUGUUGGGUGCAGCAAUACCAGCUGUAAUUAUUGGGCAGGCUAUGAGGAUGAAGAAAAGGAGAGCUGAAGAGCAGAGGCUGAACAGGGCAAGAGGGCGAGAGAAGAGCUCUGAUGAUAUUUUUGUUUGUGAGAGAGUGUGCACUUCAAAGAGGCUGCUAAAGAAGGUUGGUGCACUGUCAAAAGACCCAACAAUUGAUACUUGUGUAACUGUUUGUGGUAUUUCUGAGCUUGAUGCUUGUGCUGAUGCGUGUGCAAGAACUGUAUGUGUUAAUCAACACCAAGUCCCCAAUUGGAAUGACAUCUGUCUUAAGAAGUGCCAAAGUGAGUGCCUUAGGUUAUCAAAUUCCUCUGUUAUUUCAUAAUAAGUUGCUUAUUAUUAUCUGACUUGGAUUCGUAAACGGUUCUUGUAAUAUGCAAUGUUCUAGUGAAUUGAUGAUUGACCAAUUUUUACUAGUUCA